CGUAUUCUGAAAGCAUAAACCUAUUUUUACAUUGUGAAUUGAAAAAAACCUCACUCACUCUGAAGUUCGUGAUUCAUGCCCCCCAUCAACAAAACCUUUUGUUUUAUAUCUUUUCCACAUCUUCGACUUUAGUAGAAGAUAGAUAGAGUAGCACAGGGCCUCGAUCUCCUCUGUUUAGUGUUGACAGCCAUUUAUGUAUGUGACUGAAGAUAAAAGUAAUAAAUAGUGGAAGAGGAGAAAACGAAGUCAGGUUGAAACAGAUAAGCAGAAACUAAACCUAUCGCAUAUUCACUGAUUCACAUACACCAUAUCCAUGGAGUCCAGAAAAUCGUUGCAGUUCCUUGUUCUCUCAAUCUGUGUAACACUCGUUUUAGUAGUCACCUGGGUUCAUCUUCCAUCAUCCCCCAACAAGGUGUUCCUAGACUGCACCCUCUCCUCUGCAUGGUGCUCUUCCAAAAAUCGCAUCCAAUCUUCCACAAAACCCAACAAUUUAAUAAAAAAACCACAACAAUCAUCAUCAACCACACAACACCAACAACACGACUCUGAUGUUCCUCACCAUCCCCUAGACCCACUAACCGUCCAAGAAUUCAACAAGGUCCACGCCAUUCUCGCCGCACACCCUUUCUUUGAGUCGGUAUCCAAAUACACUCUCAACACCGUUUCCCUCGAAGAGCCAGACAAAGAGCUCGUGAUCAAAUGGAAGCGAGGAGAUCCACUUCCGGCGAGGAAGGCCUCGGUCACUGCAAUGGUGAAAGGAAAAUCUCAUUUUCUAACCGUAGAUCUCAACACUGAUGAAGUAUCCAUUGACGAAAAAAGCUCUGUAGUUUCAGGGUACCCAACAAUGGCCAUGGAGGAGAUGGUGGGGGUACUCGAUGUUCCCUUAAAGAGCAUCGAGUUCAACCGCACCAUCUCCCAACGUGGCGUAAACAUGGGGGAUCUUGCAUGCCUCCCUAUCUCUUCGGGUUGGUAUGACUUGCCCGUAGAGGAGAACAGAAGGCUGAUUAAAGUGCAGUGUUAUUCGAAGAAGGACACUGUGAACUUCUACAUGAAACCGAUUGAGGGGCUUACUGUGCUGGUUGACAUGGAUAAGAAAGAAGUUGUGAGCAUUUCGGAUAACGGCAGAGACAUCCCUAUUGCUAACGGAAUCAACACUGAUUACCGUUAUUCCGUUCAGAAGCUUAACGGUGACUUCCGUCUCUUCAAUCCGAUCUCACUGGAGCAGCCCAAAGGACCAAGCUUCACAGUGGAAGACGGCCACUUAGUUAAAUGGGCAAACUGGGAAUUUCAUCUUAAGGCAGAUGCCAGAGCUGGAAUCAUAAUCUCGCAGGUCAAGGUGAGGGAUCCAGAAACAUCAGAGCUAAGGAGCGUGAUGUACAAAGGGUUCACAUCAGAGUUAUUCGUGCCAUACAUGGACCCCACAGAGGCGUGGUACUUCAAGACAUACAUGGACGCAGGAGAGUACGGGUUUGGGCUGCAGGCAAUGCCUCUGGACCCACUCAACGACUGCCCAAGAAAUGCGUACUACAUGGAUGGCGUCUUUGCUGCCGCUGAUGGAACUCCCUACCUUCAACCCAACAUGAUCUGCGUCUUUGAGUCCUAUGCUGGCGAUAUUGCCUGGCGCCAUUCAGAGUGCCCCAUUACUGACUUACAGGUUACAGAGGUGAGGCCGAAAGUGAACCUAGUGGUUCGAAUGGCAGCAGCCGUGGCAAACUAUGACUAUAUUAUUGACUGGGAAUUUCAAACGGACGGACUAAUCAGAGCAAAGGUUGGACUAAGUGGUAUUUUGAUGGUGAAAGGAACAACCUACGAUCAUAUGAACCAAGUUCCGAGCCAAGAAUACCUCUAUGGCACCCUUUUGAGCGAAAACAUAAUUGGUGUAAUCCAUGACCAUUUUAUCACUUACUACCUUGAUUUGGACGUAGAUGGAAGCGACAAUUCCUUCAUGAAAAUAAAUAUCAAGAAGCAAGAGACAUUGCCAGGAGAAUCACCUAGAAAAAGCUACCUAAAGGCAGUGAAAAAUGUUGCAAAGACAGAGAAGGAUGCACAAAUAAAGCUUAAGCUGUAUGACCCAUCAGAAUUUCACAUGAUAAACCCAUCAAAGAAGACAAGGGUUGGAAACCCUGUUGGGUACAAAGUGGUUCCAAGUGGCACAGCAGCUAGUCUUUUGGACCCUGAAGACCCACCACAGAAGAGGGCUGCAUUUACAAAUAACCAAAUAUGGGUCACUCCUUACAACAAGAGUGAGCAAUGGGCCGGUGGCUUAUUUGUUUACCAGAGCGAAGGUGAUGAUACUCUUCAAGUGUGGUCCAACAGGGAUCGUCCAAUUGAGAAUAAGGAUAUUGUGCUGUGGUACACACUUGGGUUCCAUCACAUACCAUGUCAAGAAGACUACCCCAUCAUGCCUACUGUGUCAUCAAGCUUCGACCUCAAGCCUGUCAAUUUCUUUGAGAGAAAUCCAAUUUUAAAGUUGCCCCCGAAUUUCAAGGAUGAUUUACCUGUUUGCAAGGCUCAUGAUUCAUCUUGAGAUGACUCAUACCUUCUAUUUUUAGCUCACAUUAAUGUUCAAGAUUUUAUUGUGCGCUGAAUUGUGGGUAAAUUUAGCUGUAAAUAGAAUAAACCUUCCAGUAUCUUGUAAGAAAUUAAAUCUUAAACAGAAAUUUAAGCUGCUUGUUUAUCCUGGAAAAUUGUUCAAGUGAAAAUUAUGUGGUGCAAUGAAGUCUUAAUUAUGUAUUGCCA